AUGGUUCUGAGUUUAAGGAUUGUGAUCGAGAAUCGCCUAGGAAAUAUGGAAAGCCUGCGGGAGUGGCUGUACGUGUUAGGCAAGCUGGAUGAAUGCAGAAUGAUGGCCCAAUGGGCCAUUGAAGCUGCCCAACAAAGACGAAAAUUUUGGCAUGACAAGCACAUUCGGCGCAUGGAAUUUUGUCCAGGUCAGUGGGUGUUGAAGUAUAUUGGGCGGAAUGAGAUUAAGCUUGGGAAAUUUAAAGUCCGAUGGCUGGGGCCAUAUAAAAUCCGCGAGGUAGUUGCGAAUGGAGCAAUUAAGUUGUCAACAUUGGGUGACCAACCGAUAAAGGAGACGGUAAACGGAUUGAAAUUGAAAAUUUACCACCACAGGCAGCAGUGGAAUGAUGCAGUUCAUCCGGAGACGGGGCCCAGCUGGACAAAUUGA